CAGUAAUCAACGACAGUGACUAGUAGAGCGGCAACGGUCCUAAUAAUAAGAAUAACAAUGGUUAAAAAUUGGCUGAUGUCGGUAGUCUACAUGGCCGUACUUCUAAGUACAGGCCAAGCGUUCUCCCAAUUUAACAAAAACAGCAAAAGUCGCCUGCCGUCCUUCCUUAAGGUUUGCUACCGUGAUGAUCCCGAACUGAGUACGUGCGCACGAAAAUCGUUCGAGUCCCUGGAAGAACGCUUGAUAGAGGGCAUUCCCGAAUUGUAUAUACCGCCGAUGGAGCCGCUCGUUGUACCGGAAAUCAAAAUGGACCAAGAUUCGGGUGCCAUUUAUUUACACUCGAUCUAUAAGAAUGUAAAGAUCAGCGGUAUUUCGAAGCAUACGCUAAAUGAUCUACAAAUUGUGCCAUUGAAAUUUACGGUAUCAUUGACAUUCCCACAACUUCACAUGGAAUCAGACUACAAUAUCAAGGGCAAAAUUAUGAUGAUGCCACUUUUGGGCGAUGGCCGAUGCAGUGUGGAUCUCACCAAUAUUACGAUGGUUACGGAGCUCCAUGGUCAAGAGUACAAAAAGCACGGCAUAACCCAUAUUAAAAUCGCUGACAUUAAAGUAAAGUACGAGGUGGACAAUGUGAAAAUGCAUUUGGAUAAUCUCUUCAAUGGUGACAAAGUACUGGGUCAAAAAAUGAAUGAUUUUUUGAAUGAGAAUUGGAAAACGUUGGCCGAGGAGGUCCGCCCUCUUAUGACAAAGGCUUUAGUUGAUAUAUUGCGCGCCUCUGUCGACAAGUUGUUUGAUGCUUUCAGCUAUGAUGAGCUGCUUCCCAAAACAAAGCACUGAUCGUUGUUCAUAAUUUUAAUACAUACAAGAAAUGUGAAAACGAAUGCAAAUAAAUUAUAAUGGUACUACAAGUAAAAUCUAAAUCUAAA